AUGGAUUUGGAUAGCGGCGCGUGUGAGCCCGGGUUUGUCGGGAUUAGGUUCUGUCAGGAAUGAUUUGGUGAUGGUGGGGAAAGGGUUCUUAUGGUCAGAAGCGGACAUCGAAUGUCUCAUCAGGAUAUAAAAGCAGACAUUCACGGCACAGGUUAACAACAUGCUGUAUCCAAAAGAGGAUAAAGAGAACCGCAUCCUCCUCUACGCUUGCAGGAACUGUGAUUAUCAGCAGGAAGCUGAUAACAGCUGCAUCUAUGUGAACAAAAUCACACACGAAGUUGACGAGCUCACACAGAUAAUUGCUGAUGUGUCUCAAGAUCCAACACUGCCUCGUACUGAAGAUCAUCCAUGCCCUAAAUGUGGCCACAAGGAGGCGGUGUUCUUCCAGUCACAUAGCAUGAAGGCUGAGGAUGCAAUGAGGCUGUACUACGUGUGUACAGCUCCACACUGUGGACACAGGUGGACAGAGUGAGCGAGAGGUCAAGAGACUCCAAGUCACUAAGACUAAUGAGAUACAGCUGCUUCAGUGUGGCAGGAUUCUUCAUUAGCUGAGCCAGAUGUGUGUGUGUGUGUGUGUGUGUGUGUGUGAGAGAGAUAAUGAAUGCUCAUAGCGUUUUUCUUAUUAAAUUUUUUUUAAAUA